AUGUCUAAUAUAUCGCAUAAACUAUCAGAGCUAUCACUGUUGAUCGAGAGAUCAUAUUCUAUUCUUGAAGAACGGAAGAGAAUGAUACAGUUGGAUAUCAAACCGUCUAUAGGGGAUGACCAAGAGUUGACGAGUGGUUUGAACAAAAUUGUUAAAAAACUAACGUAUUUCGAGGAUGAUUUGAUCGAUUUAAUCACCAGUAAUGGUAAAAAGCUGCAAUAUCAUAAUGGAUCAAAAAAGCUUGAUACGUACAACAAUAGUAAUCUAAUGGCAACCGUUAAUCAGUUAACCAUGGAUUUCAAUAACAGAGUUUCACAGUAUGAUAAACUUUUGGAUAAUAUCGAGUUUUCGUUUGAAAAAGAAGAGAUCAACCAUGGGCAUAACCAUGGGGAGAGGAUAAUAAAUAUCGAUGAUUAUCGAUUCAUUAAAAAACAAUUACCAGAAGUGGCUCCUGUGGUGAAAACUGUGAGGUUUAAGGAUAAUCUAAUUGAAGAAGAACAACCAGCUUCUUCAUCAGAUCUUCACAAACAACCGUAUAAGGAUGAUGAUGAUGAUGAUGAUGAUGAUUUGAAUAUGUUGAAUUCGUCGAUUGGUUCAGUGCAUGUAUCAACAGCAACCACUGUAUCAGAUGCUCAGGAUUUGUCGGCCCAUCAACAUGAUCAGAUGAAAGCAUCAUUAUUCCGUCCCUAUUCUGACAAUAACAAUCCAUCAUCGAUAUCCAAUGAUAAUAAUAACAAUAACGAUGAUGAUAAUGCUAGUACACCAUCUAACCAUCAAAUGCUUAUCCAGCAACAACAGAGUUUAUUGCAGCAAGACGAUGCUUUGGAUUCCUUAAGCCAAUCGAUCCGCCGCCAGCGAGAAAUGGGGCUUUCAAUAAACGGCGAAUUGGACGACCAAAUGGUGAUUCUUGAUGAUCUCGAGGCACAAAUGAAUACCUCUGAGAGACGAUUGCAUGACGCCAGGAAGAAUUUGCAUAAAGUUAAUGUAAAGAUGAAGGAACAUGGUCAUUGUUUUAUCAUCACCGUAUUGGCGCUUAUUUUAUUUGUUUUGGUUGUUAUUUUGUGA